GAGUUGUGAUGGAAUCGAGUUGGCGGACAGAUUGAUGGAUAAGUUUGUCAGUUGCUUUGCUUUGUCGUUUGACUCUACCCUUUACAAGCAGUGCUUUCGUUUUUGGAGCAAAAGUUUUAUAAAACCUUUACCGUAUUUGAACAUGAUUCCUACCAGUUCUUGCAACAGUGCCGUUUGUACAUAUGGAGGAUUCUUGCUUUCUGGAGUCACACAGAGUUGUGAUAGUGUCUUUGGAAGAUUUGUUGACUUUGAGAUAUUUCUACCUUUCAGUUUUAAGAUUGACAAAAAGAAGUAUAGUAUUGUUUGGCGAAUGAGUUUGCCUGACUUGUCAGAAGAUUGUAGACUCAAAACCGUGGCCUCUAUUGUUGGAGAAAAAGUACAAGUUGGCGAGAAGUAUUUAAAGUUGGGCAAGAAACUUUUGGAGAUAUUACACAGAUGGUUAUUCCAAAAAAAUUCACCUAUGAUUUUCCAGUAGAACGACUUGCUGGUAAAAUCUCGAGAAUUUUGUUAAGAUGAGAGUUUAUUAAGA